AUGCUUGACUAUUUUUGUCGAAAGGACGCUGCGAUGCGACGUCAAAUAGUAUCCCAGGAAGCGGCACUGAAACGGAAACUUGAACAAUUUUUCGCUGAAGGAAACAUGCGAGCACGCCGCGCCGAAACCAAAUUUGAGGCUCCGAUACCCACAAUGGGAGAGGACGAUGAGGAAGAAAAGGGGGAAGAAAAAGGGGAGCUUUCAUGUGGGACAAUUUUGUGCUUCACCACAGGGAGUUUGCGUGCGAGGGCUUCAUUAGGUGCCUUGUUGCGGUCAGGCACCCGUUUAGAUUCGCUGGCUCUCCCACAGCAACGUCAGCCCCAGUUGAAGCAACUGAUGCCGGCAGAAACGGACGUUGAGUGCCCUGACACUGCGUUAAACGAGGGGUUGGGUGAUGGUUCCACAGAAAAACAAGCUCCCUCCGUACACAAAGAUGACAAGAGGGGGAUAUUCGGUAAAUUGUCAGGUGGGAUAGGAGAGUGGUUAGAGCAGCUUGUGCGGUAUUUCUCCUCACGCACUUAUCGUGGAAAGGCGUCUCGAUGA